UUCGUUAACACACCGGGCCGAUAUGGCGGUCAGCGUGCUCAGCUGCUUCUGCCGCCACUCAAAGAGAACGACACGCACUGCGUCAGUUUCUUGUUUUACCAGGAAGGAGGCCGCGAGGGUGCCACGCCCGUCACGCUCAAUGUCUACAUCAAAGAGAACCACAGCCCUCUGGGAAUUCCCGUCUUUAACUCUUCAGGCCCCACCUACAACAAGUGGAAGGAGGUAGAACUCGCUGUGUCCAUCUUCUGGCCAAACUACUACCAGGUGAUGUUCGAGGCGGUCAGCACUGGUCAGAGAGGACUUCUGGCCAUCAAGGACAUCACCCUGCAGGGACACCAGUGCAUGAGCACGCCGCACUUCCUGCAUAUUAAAGGCGUGGAGGUGAACGCCAGACAGACGGCGACAUUUCACUGCACUGUCAACGGGCGACCGCAGAUCAACUUGCUGCUGCACCUGCAGGGGAUGGGCGGUCGCCAGGCCAUUGUCAGGGAAACCAAGCCGGUGAACUCACGGCGUUACGUGGCGAGCUUUGACGUGGAGAACACGACCAAAGGUGACUCUGGGCGCUAUCGCUGCAUCUCCCUAUCAGAGCGUGGUGUGGGCGUGUCCUCCUACGCUGACCUCACAGUCAAACAGCCUCCCGUACCCAUCGCUCCUCCUCAGCUGACAGCGGUUGGUGCCACCUACUUGUGGAUCCAACUCAAUGCCAACUCCAUCAAUGGAGAUGGACCAAUCAUUGAGAGAGAGGUGGAGUACCGUACGAUGUCGGGUAUGUUGAUGGACACCACGCCUGUUGAUAAACCCACCCACAAAAUCGGACACCUGGACCCUGACACAGAAUAUGAGAUCAGUGUGCUGCUCACCCGGCCCCUGGAGGGAGGCACAGGAAACCCUGGACCACCACUCAGAGCCAGGACCAAGUGUGCAGAUCCGAUGCAUGGUCCACGGCAUCUCGAGGUCGACGACAUUCAGUCAAAACAAGUGACGGUACAAUGGGAACCAUUUGGAUACAACGUGACCCGCUGCCACAGCUACAACUUGACUGUGCAGUACCACUACAGGCUUAUGGGGAGCCUUGGCAGGGAGUCGGUAAAGGAGGAGGUGCGGGAGGAGGUGGUAUACGACACUCUGAGUGCCAUGCCACGGCACACCGUACGGAACCUUCUACCGUUCACCAACGUCAGUCUCAGACUGGUCCUUACCAACCCCGAGGGACGCAAGGAGAGCAAGGAACUGCUGCUGCUGACUGACGAGGACGUUCCUGGAGUGGUUCCGGUGGAGUCGAUUCUUGGCAGUAGCUAUGAGCAGCAGAUCAGUCUGAGCUGGAGAGAGCCUCUGCAGACCUACGGCCUCAUCCGACAGUAUGAGAUCUCAUACAAAGCCCUGAGCUCCUUUGACACAGAGUUCGACCUGUCUAAUCAUAGCGGCAAGGUGUUCAAAUUGGCCAAUGAGACCAGCCAUGUGUUCAUGGGCCUCUGCCCAGGUUCCACCUACUCCUUCUCAAUAAAAGCCUCUACCAUUAAAGGCUUUGGACCGGCGGUCAUCACGCAGUUCACCACCAAGAUCUCAGCCCCUCUGAUGCCAGCUUACGAUCAGGAGUCUCCUCUGAACCAGACCGACUCCACUGUCACCAUUCUGCUGAAACCAGCUCAGAGCCGAGGGGCUCCAGUCAGUAAGUACCAGCUGGUGGUGGAGGAGGAGCGCCCCCGCAGGCAGAGGAGAGGUACUGCAGAGAUCCUGCGCUGUUACCCGGUGCCCAUCCACUUCCAGAAUGCCACACUGCUCAACUCGCAGUACUACUUUAGCGCGGAGCUGCCGAUGAGCGAGCUGAGAGCGCCCACACCCUUCUGUGUCGGUGACAACAGGACGUACAGCGGCUACUGGAACGCGCCUCUGCUGCCACACAAGAGUUACGGCAUCUACUACCAGGCAGUCAGCACUGCUAACGGGGAGACGAAGAUCGACUGUGUGCGGGUGGCCACCAAAGCCGCUAUAAUCGUCACCCAGCUCACUACACCGUAUGUUCGCAUAGCCCCAGCGGCCGGCGACAAGCAGCUGAAAGGAGCUGCAACCAGAAAACCAGAACCAGAACAGGAAAAACCAUCGGACCACACGGUAACAAUCACUGGAGCCAUCGCUGGUAUCUUGGUCUUCAUCAUCAUCUUCCUCGGAGUCAUUCUACUGAUGAAGAAACGGAAGUUGGCGAAGAAGAGGAAGGAAACUCUGAGCUCCAGACAGGAAAUGACUCUGAUGGUCAACAACACACAGCAACACACAACCACGGUGGAAACACACACACUGAAUGGACACACUAUGUCAUCUCCGUCCUCCUUCACCCUGAAGACAAACACCAUCAGCACCACCGUCCCCACCUCCUACUACCCAGACCCCUUCGUACCAACAGCCAUUCUGGUGCCCAUUAAUGAUGACAGCCAUACCAUGACCAGUGAAACCAGUAGUCUGGUCCAGUCCCACUAUAAGCAACGGGAGUCUGAGCGGGAGGCGCUACCCUAUCAGACAGGUCAGUUGCACCCGGCCAUCCGAGUGGCCGACCUGCUGCAGCACAUCACCCAGAUGAAGUGUGCCGAGGGCUAUGGCUUCAAGGAGGAGUACGAGCUUAACGAGAGUUUUUUCGAGGGCCAGUCGGCUCCAUGGGACUCGGCCAAAAAGGACGAGAACCGCAUGAAGAACCGCUACGGAAACAUCAUCGCCUACGACCACUCUCGUGUGCGACUGCAGCCUCAGGACGGAGACAGCGGCUCAGACUACAUCAACGCCAACUACGUCGACGGCUACCACAGACCCAGUCACUACAUUGCUACCCAAGGUCCUAUGCAGGAGACCAUGUACGAUUUCUGGCUCAUGGUUUGGCAGGAGAACACCGCCGCUAUCGUCAUGGUAACCAACCUGGUGGAGGUGGGGCGGGUGAAAUGCUGUAAGUACUGGCCUGACGACACAGAGAUCUACGGCGACAUGAAGGUGACUCUGAUCGAGACGCAGCUGCUGUCCGAGUACGUGAUCCGGACCUUCGCUGUGGAGAAGAGGGGCGUGGCAGAGAUCAGGGAGAUCCGUCAGUUCCACUUCACCGGGUGGCCCGACCAUGGCGUGCCGCUUCAUGCCACCGGCCUGCUGGGCUUCAUCCGCUGUGUGAAGGCCAAGACGCCGCCCACCGCCGGCCCCACUGUGGUCCACUGCAGUGCAGGGGCAGGGCGAACUGGUUGUUUCAUAGUGAUCGACAUCAUGCUGGACAUGGCGGAGAGAGAGGGCGUGGUCGACAUCUACAACUGUGUCCGAGAGCUGAGAGCACGAAGGGUUAACAUGGUCCAGACUGAGGAGCAGUAUGUCUUCAUCCAUGAUGCCAUCUUGGAGGCAUGUCUCUGUGGUGACACAGCGAUUCCAGCUAAUCAGCUGCGGUCAGUUUAUUAUGAGAUGAACCGACUGGAUCCUCAGACCAACUCCAGUCAGAUCAAAGAGGAGUUCAGGACCCUGAACAUGGUGACACCCACACUGCGGGUGGAGGACUGCAGCAUCGCCCUGUUGCCCAGGAACCACGAGAAGAACCGCUGCAUGGAUGUGCUGCCUCCGGACCGCUGCCUGCCUUUCCUUAUCACCAUUGAUGGAGAGAGCUCCAACUACAUCAACGCCGCGCUCAUGGACAGCUACAAGCAGCCAUCGGCGUUCAUUGUUACCCAGCAUCCUUUGCCCAACACGGUGAAGGACUUCUGGCGUCUGGUCCUCGACUACCACUGCACGUCCAUUGUGAUGCUGAACGACGUUGAUCCUGCACAGCUGUGUCCUCAGUACUGGCCAGAGAACGGCCUCCAUCACCUUGGCUCCCUGCAGGUGGAGUUUGUCUCUGCAGAUCUGGAGGAGGACGUCAUCAGUCGCAUUUUCAGGAUCUACAAUUCAGCCAGGCCGCAGGACGGGUACCGUAUGGUGCAGCAGUUCCAGUUCCUGGGCUGGCCCAUGUACCGGGACACGCCAGUGUCUAAGCGUUCCUUCCUCAAACUGGUUCAUCAGGUGGACAAAUGGCAGGAGGAGUACGAUGGCGGGGAGGGACGCACCGUGGUCCACUGCUGGAACGGAGGAGGUCGUAGUGGUGUUUUCUGUAGUAUCAGUAUUGUCUGUGAGAUGUUGCGACAGCAGCACUCUGUCGACAUCUUUCAUGCUGUUAAAACGCUGAGGAACAACAAGCCAAACAUGGUGGACCUGCUGGAACAGUACAAGUUCUGUUAUGAAGUUGCCCUCGAGUAUCUCAACUCUGCUUAGCUUCAGCCCAAAGCACUCGUUUGUCAUCCUCCUCCUCCCCCAGUGAUAAUGCUGCACGCAGUCUGACGGGAGGAGGGAGGAGAGGUCUACUACUGACUAAGGAGGAGGAGGAGGAGGUUUUUGCACUGCCUUGUUUGAUUGACCUGUCUGACUACGAGCAUGGACACACUGAAUUCCAACUAUGCCACUCAUCAUUUUCUUUACACAACAGGAACUGUAACAACAUGAGAGCAUCUGAACACCAUUGCAGUACCUAUGUUUUGUUGACGUAGAAACGACUAGAGCAGGGGUUGUCAAACUCUGACACUGUGUGCCUCAGACAAAACUAUAACUACUGUUGUCCCCACUACCAACAGCAGAGCAAGCAGUGAGCAGCUCCCGUGUUCAGUGUCCCCGUGGACGUCCACACAGCUGCCACUGGAUCUCUGUGACACUGAAGGAAACUUAGUAGCAGGAAGAUUCUCAGGCAGGUUUGCAGUCUCUGGUCUCUCAUGGGAUUUCUAGAGGUUUGUUGUGGAGAGACAUCAGAGAUAAUGAGAUCCUCAGGUAAGUGUCACAACCAGUGUUGGGGUAGUUCCUGAAUUAUACUACUGUUCAUUUAAAAUAAUCAGCUAAAUUACAAUAUUACUUUCUAAGGCAGUAACUAACCCUUACUUUUUAAGUUACUAUUGUGCUACUCUUGCAAAAGGAUAAGGAUAAUCACCUUUUUUUGGCCAAGUAUGUUACACACAAGGAAUUUGUUUCCGGUACAGAACCGGCUGACAAAGCCCUGAACUACACCAACUCUGGUGUAGUUCUGGGAUGGGUAUUCUGAAAGUACAAAAAACUUUUUUUUUCUGAAGAAAAAAAAAAA